AUGGCCGCGGUGCCACAUGGCUGUCAUAAUUGUAUUGAUGCUCGAGCCCAGUGCGCCGGUCAAUCACCGUGCUCGCGCUGCAGAGACCUCAAUCUCCUCUGUACCGGUCAUGCGACGACUCUGGGGUUUCACGAACUGCCAGCCUUGCAGACAGGCCACCAGUUGACAUCCUCGUCCUCGUCCUCCUCGACACUCCACCCUCGCAACAAACCCAAAGGCCUCACCAAGGCUGUCUCCCGCAUCUCCAAUGCCUCGCAAACGACCUCUUGUCCUUCGAUCGACGAGCUUGCAUCGCCCUCAUUGAUCGCCGUGGCCGCGUCCUCCCAGCAGACCGAAGUCUUCACGAACUACGUGCUCACUGCGUUCCCCUGCUACUUCAUGUGCACCGUGAAUCGCGUCCCGAUAAACUGGGUUGCCUAUGUCCACAGCCGGCGCGGAUCAAUGAACACCCCCUUCGACUGGGCUCUCCGCGCCAGCACCACUGCAUACACCGGCGCUCUGCACAACGACCCGUGGUACACGGACGCCGCAAGGGCGAUGUACACACGGUCUCUCCGCGGCCUAGCAGCUAUGCUAUCGAACGCCUCGAGAGCCACCUCCGACGAGGCGCUAGCCACCGCAAUUUGUUUGGCCUGCUUCGAGGUACAAAACUGCACAAACCCCGACGCGUGGCUGCGACAUGCUGCGGGGAUCAAGACGAUGAUGCGACUGCGCGGUCCGCAGGCGCACCUCCACGGAUUCGGGCGGGCCAUGUACAUCGUCUACCGGAACCUGAUGGUGACAGCUGCUCUGCUGUCCGGCGAGGAAUGUCUUCUCCAGGCACCAGAAUGGCAGGACCUGAACAGACAGAUUGCCGCCGACAAUGCGCGACGGCCCGACUCAUCCGCCUACACCGACGUCGCGGAGCGCGGUUUCAGCGAGAUCUCCAAGGUACCUGGGUACGUAAAACGGGUCCGGGAGCUGCUCGCCCUGCCAUCGAGAAAGAGAGCUUCGCUACAACCAGCUCUGCUGCGGGAUGUUCUGGCCGCGCGGGCCGCACUGCGCGGCAUCCACACCGAGUUCGGCGUCGCCAUUUCGACGGUUCGAGCCGGGCAGAACGAGCAGCAGGGAUUCAUCGGCCCGCUCCCCUUCGUUUUCUUCGAUGGCUUCUCCGGCCUCUAUGUCCGGGGCAUUCGCUCCGCGCUCGUCAUCCUUAACAAUCUAAUUCUCGCUAUGGAUGAGAAACAGCGCGCGGCUAUCGAGGAGGAAAACCGCACCCUGUCUGAUGGAAUUCCUGAUCGUGUCUCUGAACCGAAAAGCGAAGAGUACGAAUCGCCGCUUACACCGCCCAAAUCGCCGGGCAUGUCACGCAAGCCGACUCUGGUCGUACGGUCUUUGAUCUCCCCCCAAACCCGUGAGCCGCCAACAUCGAACAUGAUGGACCGGCUUGUGACGACCAUGGGCAUGGACGGCGUGAGGGUCACACUAUUGGAAUAG